CACAGGCAUAAUUGAUCAGAAUGGGUAUUUUGGAUCAUGUCUCUGAGCUUUUCUCCUUUGAGCACAAUCACCAUAGCAAGAAGCGCAAGCAGCUUCAGACAGUGGAGAUCAAGGUUAAGAUGGACUGUGAAGGUUGUGAAAGAAGAGUGAAGAAAGCUGUGAAAGACAUGAAAGGAGUGAACCAGGUGGAAGUGAAUCCGAAGCAGAACAAGCUAACUGUGACGGGGUAUGUGGAACCUAAAAAAGUGUUGAAGAGAGUCCGGAAUAAGACUGGGAAGCAUGCAGAGGUUUGGCCCUAUGUACCAUAUGAUGUGGUAUACCAUCCUUAUGUUGCUGGGGCUUAUGAUAAGAAAGCCCCUCCAGGGUACGUGCGGAAUGUCCUUGAUGAUCCUAAAGUCUCAAACUUGGCACGUGCCAGCUCCAUGGAAGAGCGCUAUUCCACUGCUUUUAGUGAUGAAAAUCCCAACGCUUGCACUGUUAUGUGA